AUGUAUGCGAUGUUUACUAGUGGAGAGGGUGCUCAGUACUUGCGUGUUCCGCCCGACCCGGGCAUUCAGGCCAGCCCCGCUGCUGCUCUAGGUGCUAGUGUGUCUGCUUCCACAGGUACUACUGCAGCUGCUGCUCUAGGUGCUUGUGCGUCUGUGCCCCCUGGUACUGAGUCAACUGCAGCACUGCACACCUUCACACUGGACUCAGGUGCUUCUCGCUCUUUCUUUCGUGACCGCACUGUCCUUGAGCCUCUAGCUCGGCCGGUUGCUGUCUCUCUUGCUGACCCCUCUGGGGGUCCGGUCCUUGCGACCUCCUCCACCACCCUUCCGUGUCCAGCGGUUCCGUCCGGCACGCUCUCAGGUCUCUACCUCCCCUCGUUCUCCACGAACUUGGUGGCAGGUAGUGCGCUCCAGGACGGGGGUGUUCACCAGUUCACCCCUGCCUACGAGCGUGUGACUCACUGCACAUGUGCUCGGACGGGCCGCCACCUAGCUACUUUCACUCGAGAGCCGGGGUCGGAUCUGUACACACUGACCACUGAGUCCCCUCAGGUAGCUGCGUCUGCGUCAGCGUCAGGUCAGCUGUCCGCCCCCUGCUCGUGUCGCUCUCUGGCGAACGACACCGUCCUCUGGCACCACCGCCUUGGUCACCCGUCUGUGCAGCGCCUGCGGGCCAUGCACAAACGGGACCUUGUUGCUGGUCUUCCCAGGGUGCUCCCUCCCCUUCCUGACUCCCCUGCUCCUGACUGCAUUCCCUGUGUCGAGGGGCGGCAGCGCGCCGCUCCUCACUCCUCCUCCUUUCCCCCGACGACAGCUCCCCUGCAGACGCUCCACAUGGACGUGUGGGGCCCAGCCCGCGUCCGUGGUCAGGGUCAGGAGAGAUACUUCCUGAUAGUUGUUGACGACUACUCGCGCUACACCACGGUCUUCCCCUUGCGCGCCAAGGGUGACGUCCCUGGUGUUUUGAUCCCCUGGAUCAGCCGAGCCCGUCUCCAGCUAGGCGAGCGCUUUCACUCGGACUUUCCUGUCCUGCGCUUGCACUCUGACAGAGGUGGUGAGUUUGCCUCCGACCUCUUGGCAGCCUACUGUGCUGAGCACGGCAUUGAGCAGUCGUACACGCUUCCGGCCUCUCCACAGCAGAAUGGGGUCGCUGAGCGCCGCAUUGGCUUGGUCAUGGAGGUCGCUCGUACCUCCCUGACCCAUGCGGCUGCUCCCCACUUUCUGUGGCCGUUUGCGGUCCGGUACGCAGCGCAUCAGCUCAACCUCUGGCCCCGUGUCUCCUUGCCGGAGACUUCCCCGACUCUACGGUGGACGGGAGAGGUUGGCGAUGCGUCGCGUUUCCGGGUCUGGGGAUCUCGAGCUUUUGUCCGCGAUACGUCCGCGGACAAGCUCUCGCGUCGCGCUGUUCCCUGUGUCUUUCUUGGCUUUGUUCCCGACGCGCCUGGAUGGCAGUUUUACCACGUCACCUCGCGCCGGGUUCUGGCCUCUCAGGACGUCACUUUUGACGAGUCCGUCCCCUUCUACCGCCUCUUCCCCUACCGCACUGCCCCGCUCCCCCCCCCGCCUCUCUUCCUCGCUCCAGGUGCUGAGGUACCAGACCCCCUCCCCCCUCAGGGUGCCGCUCCCUCAGGUGUGUCCCAGGUAGACCCGGGUGAGCCUGUCGAGGUAGCUGUUGACUCGCGUCCUGCGUCUGGGGGUGCUGAGCCUGGGAGUACUGCGUCUGAGGGUGCGGAGCCUGGGGGUGCUGAGCCUGGAGGUGCGGAGCCUGGGGGUGCUGAGCCUGGAGGUGCGGAGCCUGGAGGUACGGAGCCUGGAGGUGCGGAGCCUGGAGGUACUGAGCCUGGGGGUGCUGAGCCUGGACGUGCUGAGACUGGGGGUGCUGAGUCUGGGGGUGCUGAGCCUGAGCGUGCUCCACCUGGAGGAGCCCUCUCCUCCCAGCAGCUGCAGGAGAGGUACCUCGAGUACUGCCGCCUCCGGAGAGGUGCUUCUGGAGCUCGUCCCGGUACUUCCCCUCCUACCCAGGAGCUCCCCCCCAUUCAGGUGAUCCGCGAGUGGUACACGCGGCGCUGCAGUCUUCGUAGUGGUGCUCCUGGUGCUGCGGACCCGAGCGGUGGUGCUGUUGCUGGUGCUGAGGACCCGGGGGCUGGAGCUGCUGCUGGUGCUGAGGACCCGGGCGUUGGAGCUGCUGCUGGUGCUGAGGACCCGACCGGUGGCGCUGCUGCUGGUGCUGAGGACCUGACCAGUGGCCCUGCUGCUGGUGCUGAGGACCCGGGCGUUGGAGCUCCUACUGGUGCUGAGGACCCGGGCGUUGGAGCUGCUGCUGGUGCUGAGGACUCGGGCGUUGGGGCUGCCACUGGUGUCCCUGCUGCUUCUGGAGACGCUGCGCGGCCGCGACCGUACUUCGUACCGCUCCUUCAGCAGGUUCUUGGUCAGGCUCCUCCUCCUUCCUCCGUCGAGUGUCCUCUGCCUGUCCAGCCGCAGUCACAGUUACCGCCUGCCUCGCCUCUCCCUGCUCCCUCCCCUUACGCUGGUCCCACAGGAGGUCUUACAGAGCGUCGUGAGCCUGAGUCUCGUCCUGCGUCGCCUGUUCGUACUGCUCGCACUGGUCGUCGUGUCCCACGUGAGCGUCCUCCUCCUGUCCCUGGCACUCACUACAUGACUCUGCGUCCCUCCACUGCUCCGCAGCGUGUCCCGCUGCCGUCUCCUCCUGCGUCCUCUCUUCCUACUCUUCCUGACCCGGAGUCUGACUCCCGUCGUGCUGCCAGUCCCACUGUUACGCGUCUCCUCGCUACAGUUGUCACUGACCCGACCUUUGAGUCCUCUGCUGCGUCUGCUCUGGUCGCUGAGUUGGUUGACUUUGCUGCUCGCUGUCGCCUAGACUACGCUGCCAGCCUUGUCGCUAGGUCUGAGUCUGCGUCUGCCUGUCCUCCGUCCGUCGGGGGUGAGUGUGCCCUCGGCACGGACGUCCUUGAGGACAGACAGGAGGAGUUCCACUGCCUUGCUGCUGCUUUGCCCCGUCUCGUGUCCUUACUAGUUGCCCCUGAGGGAGACCCGGAUGCACCAGACAUCCCGACCCCACGCUCUUACGCUGAGGCGAUGGCGGGUCCCUACUCCUCUCAGUGGCAGACAGCCAUGGACGCAGAGAUGGCCUCCUGGAAGUCCACAGGCACCUACGUAGACGAGGUUCCCCCUCCUGGGGCGAACAUCGUUAGUGGCAUGUGGAUUUUCAGGGUGAAGCGGCCGCCGGGUUCUCCACCUGUCUUCAAGGCGCGCUACGUGGCUCGAGGCUUCAGUCAGCGAGAGGGAGUAGACUUCUUUCAGACCUUCUCCCCCACCCCGAAGAUGACCACUCUUCGGGUGCUGCUGCACAUAGCCGCUCACCGCGACUACGAGCUUCACUCUCUUGACUUCAGCACUGCUUUCUUGCAGGGCAGCCUGCACGAGGAGAUCUGGCUGCGCCGCCCCCCUGGCUUCACUGGGUCAGUUCCUCCUGGCACCCAGUGGAGGCUUCAGCGGCCGGUCUACGGUCUCCGCCAGGCGCCACGUGAGUGGCACGACACACUGAGGACGACACUUGCGGCUCUUGGGUUCGCUCCCUCUACUGCUGACCCGUCGCUGUUUCUACGCACCGACACCUCGCUGCCGCCGUUCUACAUCCUCGUGUACGUCGACGACUUGGUCUUUGCCACUGCUGACACCGCGGCACUCGCUCACGUGAAGUCGGAGCUGCAGAGGAGACACACGUGCACAGACCUGGGUGAGCUGACGAGCUAUCUUGGCUUGCGGAUCACCCGGGACAGAGCACGGCGCACCAUCACCCUGACUCAGUCACACAUGGUGCAGCAGGUUCUCCAGCGCUUCCGCUUCACGUACUCCUCGCCUCAGUCCACUCCUCUGCCUACCGGUCACUCGCUCUCAGCUCUGCCUUCGGAUGAGUCCGUAGAGCCGAGUGGCCCGUAUCCAGAGCUUGUGGGCUGCCUCAUGUACCUGAUGACCUGCACUCGACCUGACCUUGCAUACCCUCUUAGCAUCCUAGCACGCUAUGUCGCUCCUGGCCGUCACCGGAAGGAGCACAUGGAUGCUGCUAAGAGGGUGUUGCGCUACUUGUGCAGUACGUCGGGCAUGGGGCUUGUGCUUGGAGGGCGAGACCGGGUUGUUCUCACAGGGCACUCAGACGCUUCUUGGGCAGACGACCAGGCUACUCAGCGGUCGUCCCAGGGUUACACCUUCAGCCUUGGCUCUGGCUUAGUUUCUUGGCGUUCUACUCGCUCUUCUUCUGUUCUCAGCUCCAGUUGUGAGGCUGAGAUCUACGCCACAGCCAUGGCUGCUCAGGAGCUACGUUGGCUGACCUACCUGCUGACCGACCUCGGAGAGCGGCCUCGUUCUCCUCCAGUGCUGUACGUCGACAACAAGGCUGCCAUUGCCUUGUGUGAGGAGCACAGACUGGAGCACAGAACGAAGCACAUCGCUCUGCGGUACUUCCUUGCUCGAGAGCUGCAGCAGCGUGGUCAGCUUUGUCUGCGUUACGUGGCCACGGAGGCCAACACUGCUGAUGUGUUCACCAAGGCGCUUCAGCCUUGUGACCAUCAGCGCUUUUGCACUCUGCUAGGCCUUGUACCCACUGGGCCUCACUUGCUUACCUCUUGA